CUCGCAAUUUCUGGUACGACAAUCGAUCGUACCUCAUAACCCAUCUAGCUGCCCAGCUUUCUGUCUCCUUUUCCCUCUCUCUCUCUCUCGCUCACAUACACACAAUGUCCGGUGUGUGGAUAUUUGACAAUAAUGGCGUGGCUCGCCUAAUCACCAAUCCAACUAGGGAAUCCUUCGAGCAAAAAGAGCCACCCUACCCAGGUACAGCCACUGCACCUGGCGCUCGCCCCCGGGUCCUCGUAUACCUCCCGGCUAACCAUGUGAUCCGCUCCUACUCCGAGCUCGAACACCGUCUCAACGAGCUCGGCUGGUCUCGCUACCACAACCCCACCAGCCCCGACUUCCUUCAGUUCCACAGGUCAGAACACUCACCCCACUUGAUCUCCCUUCCGAAAAAUUUCGCCAACUUUAAGAUCCGUCAUAUGUACGACAUCGUCGUCAAGAAUCGCUCUUUCUUUGAAGUUCGCGACGCCACAGCCUGAGAUACGUGCUCCCCCCCCUCCCUCAACCAGUACCAAAGUGGUGCGUUAAAGAAGAGUGUUGGCCGUUGCUGAGUUUCUCCAUUUUCUUCGGUUAAGUUUGUAUUCUGGCGGUGUUUACUUGAGCAAAUUGUUUUUGUCAUGGCCGUAAGGUGUAGUGCAAUUGAAUGUGGUUAAUACGUGACUGCUGAUGCUUUAUUCUGCUUUAUUCUGAAACGUUUCAGCAACCAAAUUUGUUGUUUCUUAUAUAUAUCCAUCUCUCGCAUCGUGGGACCGGUUAUGAAAACAACGACUUUGA